CCAUGUCCUAUUAAGAGUUAUACUCUAUGGAGGACAAUACAAUCUAGUCUAAGGGGCCCCCGGUUCCCCGAACGCAUCUCUGGGUGCGCGAAUGCCCUGGUGUGAGGUGUACCCCCACCAGUCCGCCGUUCCCGCCGACCGUUUUAGACGCGCCACCCAUCGAAGAUGAGAUGACUCUAAUGUGCGUGCAGUGGGUGCGUGAACUAUCAUAAGGAACUGCUGACGCGUACUCGGAUGAUGUUUGAUGGCACUAACACUGGUCCAAACGGCACUGCGGAAUUUAUGCCACAGAAGCCGGCAGAACUCGCGUUCGCUUCCGAAUUCAUUUCUUACUGGCUUUACUUCGUGCGCACCGGCGAUCAGAAUACUUACAAGCUGGACAACUCUCCGGUGUGGGGGACGUACAAUGAGUCUGACCCAGUCCGGAUGGUCUUGAUGCAGCACCCACUAGAACUUGACGAUCGUCAAUGGUAGCUAUAUGGCGGGAUAGCAUGUUCCGGAGACUGUCAGGUGUGCAUUUACAAUUAGCAAGGCGGAGGUUUGUCAACAACAGACAGGAUCGUAGUGACUUGUCCAGUUUCGCGUUUGGGUCAGAAGGUAAGCUGCUUGUACGCGCUUGCUCGUUAGUUACUUAGUCGGAGUUCUUUUCGAGUUCCUGCCUUCCUC